UUCAAAUGCCACUGGUUCGACCCACAAGUUGGACAGAGAAGCACUCCUUCCAUUGGGUUAGUGGAAGUUAGGCCUUCAACCUGCUAUAGCGGAGCCGAUGUCUUUGUUGUGGCUCACCAAGCCAAGCAAGUUUAUUAUUUGCCCUACCCAUGUCAAAAGGAGUACCUCAAAGGCUGGGAAGUCGUGUUCAAGGUAUCACCACAUGGUAAGCUACCCAUGCCCUCCGACGAGGAUUACAACAACAUUGACCCUGUAACAUACGAGGGAAUUUUUUAUCAAGAGCAAGAGAACUUUGGGGAUUUCGAAAUAGAAAUUGGUCUUGAGGACCUCGAGAAUGAGGCACAUCUUCAUGGUGAAACAGUGGUGGACCUAAAGGACAUACAAAUGCUCACCAAGUUACAUGAGGGCAAUGGGUUCAAUGAUGAGCCUCCACCGGACAUUCCCACCCAACCUCAUUACUCACAUGAUACUGAUAGUGAUAGUGAAAAUGAGAACCCAAUGCCUCGUUAUGAGAACCCAAUGCCUCAUUAUGAUAGUGAUGAUUCGAGGUGAUUGAUCAAUAUGAGCGGAAGCAAGCAAUCCAUGAACUCCAUUUUGAAGAGUAUGAGC